AUAGCAGAAUGAGACUUUUGACGAUAUUACGGUCACUUGUGAUUUCAUUCCUUGUUGCGAGUGUGAAAGGUGUCAAGCAUCAGCCAACUGGUCCUCAUGAGACUGCUUCACAUUAUCAAAAAUCCCCUACAAAUGAAAUAAAUAUACCAAAUGGUUGCCUUCAAUGUCAUGGAUCGCUAUCUGGAAAUUCCAUUGAUCUCACUGAACCUGGAAACCCACCGCCAUCUCAUGAUCUGACAAGUGAGGAAAUUAAAGCAAUUUUCAGUUUCAUGUUUUCACAACAAAGUCUAAAUUUGACAAUGCAAAGUGAGGCAACUUUGUCUUCAAACUACAUUUACACCAUGGAAUUAAUUCUUCCUAAAAAGAAAGACAUCGAAGGUAAUCCUCAGCGACAAAUGAUACGGAAAGCGUUGGUCACUGUUUUUAAUGGUGGCAAAGUGAGUCCUGUUGUAGCAGAAUACUGUGUACAGCUAGCUCCACGUUUAGGAUUUUGUGGAAACCCUAAGUAUAUCCCAUUUUACUUCAGACCUGCCACAUAUCCAGAAAUAUCAGCAGCAAUCAAAGUUCUCAUUGAGGAGACAAAUAGGCUGGCUGGUGAUAUUUUGUUUGAAAGUUUUGAGGGUUCUCUAGUAAACUGUAGUAACAGGUGUCUUGGGUUUCAAAUGAUUAUUCCUUAUGCCGCAAUAAUUUCCGGAAUUCGUGAUAAAGGCUUUCGAGGUUACUGGUUUCCUUUUUUUCAAAGACGACGUCCAAGUACCCUAAAUCCUGUUGAUUUUAUUGUUCUUGUCACCAUAAACGGGACUGCUACACCACAGACUGCAGAUGUGUGGUACAAUGGCCAACUGUUUGAUUUGCUUCAAUCAUUUAGAAAGUUUUGGCUAAAAGGAAUGGUGAAAAAACUUCACGUGAGUUUCCCCUCAGAUCCACAUCCACCUGAAGUGUUUCUGCACAUCCACAAAGACCUCCAACACAAGUAGAACCGGACGGGAAACGUUACUCAAUCAAGGGCCAGUCAGUUCACUACAUAAACUGGGACUUUCAGUUUGGGGUAUCACCUACUCAUGGUCCUCAGCUUUUCCAAAUAAAGUUCAAAAACGAA